AACUCUUCCUCUUCUUCUUCACUCCAUUUCUGCAAAUGGGCAGGGGUCACCUGCGACAACGACGAAAGAGUCACCUGGCUCGACCUCGGCAAUCGUCUCCUCCAGGGCACAAUUUCCCCAUCCAUCGCCAAUCUCACUUCUCUCCGGCAACUCCUGCUCCACCACAACAGCUUCACUGGUGAAAUCCCGCCCGGAAUCGGCAGCUUGGCAAGCCUCCAGGUGCUCCAUCUGAACACCAAUUUCCUCACAGGCGAAAUCCCGCGGAAUGUCUCCGCCUGGUCUGAACUCAUCUACCUUGACCUCGGAAUCAACAAGCUGGUCGGGAAGAUUCCCGACCGGCUCGAUACUACGAAGCUCCGGUAUCUGAACCUCGAAUCGAACAAUCUCACCGGCGGCAUCCCGCCGUCGCUCGGCAACAUUUCCUCUCUGGAAACAAUCGGAAUGGGUUUCAACAGCCUCGGAGAAACGAUCCCCGAAUCGCUCGGCCGCCUCGAGAGGCUAUCUGUACUCUCAAUGGGAGGCAACUCUUUGACGGGAAUCUUCCCGCUUUCCAUCUACAACAUUUCUUCGAUCGUCUAUCUCUAUGUUCCCCUGAAUCAGCUUCAGGGGACGCUCCCCGCUGAAUUGGGGAACGUUUGGCCGAAUCUCGCAGAGCUCAACAUCGGAGAAAAUCAGUUCACCGGGACGAUCCCUGCUUCGUUGGCCAAUGCUUCCAACUUGGAGAGGUUAACUAUUACUGAUAACGGAAUCUCUGGAACUCUGCCGUCCUUUGAGAAGCUGCAAAAGCUUUGGUGGCUGAGCAUUUCAUAUAACUUGCUUGGAACCGGUGAAGCGGGUGAUCUCGAUUUCAUUUCCAGUGUCAGCAAUCUGUCGAGUUUACAGUUGGUUUCUCUGGGUUUCAACAAUUUCGGCGGAUCGCUGCCGGAAUCGGUCGUUAAUUUUACAGAGGUUUCGAGUCUGCGGAUGAAGGGUAACAAGAUAACAGGGAGAAUACCGCGAGGGAUGUCGAAUUUGAAGAAAUUGGAAUGGUUGGAGUUGAGCAACAAUCAGUUUUCGGGCUCUGUUCCAGAAGAGAUUGGGGAAUUGGGGGAUUUGAAAAGAUUGUAUCUUCAGGGGAACAGAUUCUCCGAAGGGAGAAUUCCUUCUUCUUAUUGCUAA